AUAAGUCUGUUGAAGAGGAGGAAAGUUUAUUCUCUGACUAGUCUUGACGCACUGUUGGCCUGUCGAAAUUAGUAAAGACACAAGAGAAAAUGUGCAGCAAAGUGGAUAUAGAUAUGGUCAACAGAGACCCCAAUGAUAUCAACCUUCAUGUUAAGGUGGCUUAUGAAGAUGUUAUAGCGGAACCAGAUGGGGCUCACUCCUUCAACUGUGUCUGGUCAUGCGCUUAUAGAACCUACUCCUGCUGUAAAUCCUUUGCCUACAAUCUGCUGACCAUCCUAAGCUGUCUGCCCCUGUCCAUCUGUUGGGGCUGCCUCUAUGCCUACGUCAGUUUCUACAGUAUUUGGAUUAUAACUCCUCUGAUGAGAUUCUAUUUGAUCAACUGCGGAUGUUGUCAGAAAUUCUAUAGUGCAUGUAUUCAAUGUUACUACCAACCAUGCUAUGAAGCUAUGAGCUACUGUUUCAGCAACAUCAGAGUAACCAAUAUGUCAGGAUAGAACUGAUCGGAUUGAUGCAGAACUGGAAGUGGAUAUUUAAACGAAACAUUUUAUUCACGAUAAAUGUGUGAACAAUGUGUAAACAUUUGUUUUUUAUACAAAGGCUUCAUCUAAUAAAUAAAGUAUUCUAAUAACAUUUACGAGCGAGAAAUUAUUAUGAUCUAUUUAAUGACUCUUAUUAAUGUCGGAUGUAUUGUUUUAGCACAAACUUUAUAUCACAUUGAUCACCCAGAACAGAGACAUACAUUGCUCUUAAAGAAACUUAAGUAUUUUGAUUGUUAGUAUUAAAGUUAUUAGGUCUACAAAACAUAUUGAAGAUAUCUAAUACUUUUCUUUGCCUGACCACCGCACCGAUUUUGUGUUUAGCUGUACAAAUACAUUACAUUCGCUGGCGUCGUUUGUUUGAAAUAAUAAAUAAGAGAUUUUUGUGUUAAAAUCGAGCUAUAUAAACUCAUCAAGUUUGACUGUGACCUGAUAGACUAUAACACUAGAAUUCCAAGAGUCUUAAACUCAACUCUCAAGACAAUUACAAAAAAAGAGACCCUUACUCUUUGUGUCACUUAAAUUUAAUAAGUACUCGACAAACUAGUGAGACAUUUUGUGAUGAAUGAAAAGAAACAAUAGUAACGAAAAGUAAUUUAUAUUCGUGAUCACUUUCUUCUUAGUGGAUAUAUCCUUCUUUUCAGUUUUUAUUUCCGUUUUAGUGACCCUAAUUAAUCAGAUGUGAAUACGCCUUUGACUCUGUUCAUUUUAUAGCUUUUAAAAGACAGAGCUAUUGUAAAGGCAUAUAAUCCAUAGAUCUAGUAUCUUUAAUUUAUUUUAAAAUUAUGAAAACAUCUCUUAUUUAUAAAGUUUUUGGAAAAAAAAAUAAUUUCCGAAAUUCCUUAAUUCUAAUAAAGUUUCUAAAAUAUCUUUGAAUUUGAAAUCAAAAGUACAAGUAUUAGCCUAUAUUUACACUAAGACAUACCAAAAAAUUUGAAAAGUUGAAACAGAAAAGAUGUUACUUUUUGAACUAGUUUCUCAUGUAAACUUUUGUUACAAUUUUACAAACAUGUAUCAUUUUUAAUAUUAUAAAUAAACAUUAUACUAAGUCA